CACUGGGAACACUGGGAAUAUGUUCUUUACGAGACAGGUAUAGCAGAGAGAAUGUAGUUUUCCCACCAGUCCAGCAGGUGGCGCAGGUGAGCUGUCAACCACCAGUCAAACCAAAGAAGAAGAGAAGCUGCUAGCUGCUGCUGCUAACUCUGCAGCUUGUGUUGACAUGUAAAACCACAUAUUAAUGUGCCGCCACAGUGUUUAGUUAAUGGUUGUAUGUUUCUUGGCGAUGCCGUGGCGGUGCUGUGUUCCCGGGUGUAAAGGCUACGACGAGGCCAAGUCCCUGGGGGUUGUGUUCCACGGUUUACCGACCAGAGACCCGCCGCGCUGCCGGACAUGGCUGAAAGCCAUCCAGAACCCCCGCUUACACGAAGACAUGCCGGCCUCUAAAUAUAGCGGGGUGAGGGUGUGCAGCCUGCACUUCCAGCCGGAGGACUACGAGGAGGACUUCCGAGCUAAAAUACUCAACACCCCGCCCAAACCGACGCUGAAGAGCGGCGCUGUGCCUUCCGUGUUCCCCGGGAGAGAGCACCGUGAGCCCGGCAGCGCGGACGCUUCUCCCCCCGCUGCGAAGAGAAGCAGAACUCCGGCGGCGUCUGCAGCUGCAGGCUCCUCACAGUCGCUGCCAGCAGAUGAGAGUUUCUGCAUCGUGGUGUCAGUCGACCCGCUGGAGUUCAACUCUACACCGACGUCUGACUCUGACGACGCCGACGACGACGCCGACAAAGACUGUACGAUUGUUUACUAUCGCAACUUGAUGGAGCUUUUCAAAAUGUGUCAGACGUGCGGGCAGCCAAUCACAGACAAGGAGGUUUUCCACUCAGGAGCUCAGAUGAGGGUAAAGUGGAGCUGCGUCGGCGGACACUCCGGGACGUGGAGGUCCUCGCCUCACCUACGACAGGUGCUUCCAUAAAAUCCACCAAAGAGCUGCUGCUGCUGCUUCUGGACCUUCAUCAGCAGAACGUUUACAGAGAAACGGACUAAACUCACGAGUGUUCAACUCAUGAAACAAAGAACUUUUUUUUUGAACAGUUGGAUGCAGCGUCGUUCGUCUCCACCUUCAGUCCAGACUGGUGCAGGUGACGAGACCUCUGAAGAUACGGUGCACCAUGACGGACACAGUUAAGACUUUUCUCCACCUGAGUGUGGAUUCUGGGAGAGACUUCAUGGGAUUCAGGUGUUUGUGAGUCUGCAGCUGUUCCUCCUUUUCUUACAGAUUUUGGUAAAUAAAUGUUGGAAACAAACACCGAUGAAGCAGCUGUUGAUAUUUCGUCUGUAUCGAUGGAUUCAAUCUGAGACUGUGAUCAGACUUUUCAGAAUAAAAGUGUCUUACUACUGCUGCUGUUGUUAUUUUGUUCAAUAAAGUUUCUAUUAUAAAACUGA